GCUAAAGAAAAAAAAACAGCAAAAGCACCAGCGGUUCGCGUUCGCGCCGCAUUUGAACUUCAAACGCGAGAAAAGUAGCACAGUGCGGAUAGAUACGCGGAUGCGUGGUCAUUAAGCGACGGAUCGCGGAAAAUAACAAUUUUUUGAUCAUGAUUUUAGCAUAGAGCAAAUGGCAGAGCCAAAACAAUUCAAUCGAAAUUGCCCAACCUGCCCUACCUGUGCCGAUCGGCACAAUGGAAUAUUCUGAUUGAAAACAACGCAACCCGGAUAAACAGUCUUUAAAUAAAUAUUUAAAAAUACCCGAAUAAUAUUAUGGCGACCAGUGUGUUUCAAAAACGGGCAGCGAAAACAUUUUCGCUCUUUUGCAUGCUUUUAGUAAGACUGGGCCAUGCAGCGGAUGCCAGCCAUGAGACGAGCACUUUGCUGACCACCAUCACCACCGAGAUCAUGCCGAUGCCCGAUUCCGGGCGCGGCUGCUUUGGUUGGUCUUCGGCGCCGGAGGCGGCGGGCGGAAACUGCUCCAGAUCAAACCGGAACGGAACUCUUAAGUGCUAUGGCGGAAUGAAUAACCUCGCUGCCCUGAACCAGUCUGGAAAGUUGAGCAAAGCGCAGCCCGCACUGGAAAUGCUUCUCUGCGGCUGGCCAAAGGACGGUCUAAAUCAUUUCAGGGAUCUUCAGAAAUUGCCACGCCUUCGGUCACUGACCAUCGAGUACAGUGGCUUCACCGAAUUCAAAUUCGAUUUUCCCGAGAUGUCGGAGCUUCAUACCAUCAAUAUUUCGUGGACGAAUCUCUCAUAUAUUUCAUCCCGAACCUUCAAACGGGUGCAUCCGCUCAAGGUUUUAGAUCUGCGAUGGAACCAACUCAUCCAACUGGAUGGACCUCUGUUGCUGCCCCGCAAUUUCGAGCAGCUCUAUCUGGCGGGUAAUCCGUGGAACUGUACGCGAAACUUCAAGUGGAUGUUGCUGCAGCCGGAAAAGGGACGUCUGGUGGUGGACCGCGACGAACUAAUCUGCACAGAUCGAAAGUAUAAGGAACGCCAGAUGCUCCUCGUCAUGCACUAUAAACUGGAACUGAAGAAACAAUGCCAAUCCCACGAGGAUCUAAGGAACUGCACUUGCCUCAUGCAUCACAUCUUGCCCAGGACGCACAUACCGCUCUAUACGGUCAACUGUUCUCAUCUGCAGUUCCACCGCUUGCCAGCCUUUUUGCCGGAUAACACCACCACUUUAGUUAUCAACGAUAAUAUGAUCAGUGACAUAAAUCCGCUGCGGGACAAUCCCCACUACCGUCACGUUGUGGAUAUGCAGCUGGAGAACAAUCAAAUAUCCAAUGUGGACAACUUGGAGGACACCUACUGGCUGCAGAACUUCCGCCUGCUCAACCUGCGGGGCAACAAUCUCCGCAAGCUCCAUGUCUACGCCUUGGACAACGCUCUGGAUGACAACGAGAAUGCCAAUCUGCUAUUGCUGAGCCGAAAUCCGUGGCACUGCACCUGCAAGUUUGGCAGCAGAAUGCGAGAGCUGUUGACCAAGUACAAGGAUAUCGUGCGGGAUGCCUGGAAUGUGAGCUGCACCUACCGCCUUGAUGAUGACCAGCUGCUGGCCAAAGUGCUGACCCUCAGUCGGCAGGAGAUGUGCAAUUUAAGCGUGGAGGGCGACACUCAGAUCCACCCCAUUGAUUGGCUGAACGGGGUUCUGGCCAGCCUCAUAUUCCUCAUCCUGGGCAAGCUUGCCUACGAUUACUACUAUUACAAGUAUUACAGUCGAGUUCCUUGGAUUGUGAUGAAAAUGCCUUAGUCGAU